AUGCCUGACGCGGAGAAUGUGAUCUGGAGGCUGGACAGGGAGGAGUACGAGAUCACGGUUCUGUGCGCAAACCACAUGAUGGGGUACAAGAAAGGCCCGUACAUGAUCCCGGUUCUGAACGUGAACAACAACAACAACCUCAUCGCUCUGGUCAUCUCCAAGCGCAUCACCGCCAGGAAUAACACGGACAUGUGCAUGUACUACCAGCCGCACUGCUUCAAGUGCAGGAACUUAGGCAGGGUCUUAAUGCGCUGCUACAAUAAGGACAAGAACGGGAGCGAGAUCUGCAACAAGCCCAUCCCUCCGAUCGACACUACGGACUGGAACCCAGACACAACCAAGUACAACUUCUUGCUCCUAAACGUGUAG